ACGAAAGUUGGAGCAUGGAAGGCUUUUUCUGGGACAAACUGCGAGCUUCUGGGACGCCUCGGACAGUCGCCACUUGAGGAGGACGUCCUUAGCAAUGUCGAGAAAUUUGUCGUCAAACUGUAUAAGGUUGAUUCCAGCAUCACAUGCUCAAACGAUGCCCGAAGUUAUUUAUUUGGAGAUGUAAGAAAGCCAGAAUUUCUCCCACCGACAACUGAUGCACUUCGUCUCCAUAUUAGGAGAUGCAACUACCAGGUGUGUGUUUGGGAGAAUGCGCAUAUCCCCAAACCGUCACUACCUAGGCUGCAGGACUGUGGCUGGAUUGUGCAGAGAGAACAAGUUGUUCCUCGUUUAAUAACACUAGAUCCCAUUCCUGAGACGUGCCCAGAAAUAGUUGUCUGUCAUUGCAAAGGACAUUGUAAUACAAAAAAUUGCAGUUGUAGG